AAAAAAAAAUCAAACAAAGCGUAACCCAAAAGUUCCCAUUUUACUAAUUUAUGGACAUGACAUGGCGAAUAGUAUCCUUCAAACGUCGUCGAAUCAUAUAAUUUCAUCUGAACAGGCACUUCCAUUUCUUCUUCACUCUGCAGCAUCGUCAUAGCUCCACCUUCACCUCUGGCCUUUCUCCAAAAAAGGAAAAGAAAAAAAAAACGCACACAAUGUCUUCUUCACCGAAGUUCUUCCGAAUGGUCUUGCAGAGAAAUCUCGACGACCCAAAAUUGAUGAUUCCGAAGACUUUUGUGGAAGAUUAUGGUAAGGCUUUGUCAAAUUGGGUUAAUUUAAAGCUUUCAGACGGCCUUGAAUGGAAGGUGGGUUUGAGAAAGGCUACGAACGGCGCCCUUUGGCUCGAAAAGGGUUGGGAUAAAUUUUCAGAACAUUAUUGUUUAGAGUUUGGGUCGUUGCUGAUCUUUACAUUAUUAAAUGGAAGGAGGAGUUCGAAUUUUGAAGUAACUAUAUUUGACCCAACCGGAGUGGAAACCAAAUACGUUUCUUCUUCACCACAAUUGAAGGAGGAUUCUGAUACAAAUGCGGAUUCGGGUUAUUCUUAUUCCGAUUCUGAUGAAAGUUCAGAGAGUUUUCGUGAACAUUCGAAGAAGAGGAAGAAUGCUUUAGUUCCAUGUUGGCUAAAUCGUAAGAAAAUGAGAAAGGACGGUUCGUCUACAAUCAAAAUAGAACCUGCAGAUGCAGAAGAAGAAGAGUGCAAUAAUGUAUCCAGAGAGACUCCAAGCUGUAAGAAAAGAGUCGUCCCAAAACACGAAGUUAAGGCUUCGAGGAAAAAGCAACAAUCACCAAGGAAAGUUGAAACAACUCAGAGAUUCAGCUCAAAAUCAGAUCAUAAACCUUCCUUCAAAGUUGUCAUGCGACGAAACAACGUACAAGGCAGAUUUAACAUGGUCAUUCCCCACGAUUUUGCUGUGAAAUAUUUAUCUGAGGAAUCUGGAACUAUUAACCUUCAAAUUACAAAUGGUAGAAAUUGGCAACUUUUAUACAAAUGGUGUCGAACGGAUCGAGCAACUUUUGCAUACAUUUCAAGUGGAUGGAAGCAUUUUGUUGAGAAAAAUCGCUUGAAAGAAGGAGAUAUUGGAUUGUUUCAAUUGAUUAACAAACACAAUAUGUUGUUCACCGAAUUACAAAACAAUUCACUUUCACCGAAGAAAAAAACAGCAACCACAGGAAAUCCCUUCUUUGAAGUGGACAUUGUGUCCAAAAGCUACAUGAAUUCGUACCUGAACAUUCCUAGGAGAUUUGCAGGGGCGUAUUUUUCACCCAAAAUGCAGUCUGCAAGUCUUCAAGUUGGGAAUAAAAAAUGGGACGUGAGCAUAAAGAAAUAUGCAUGUAGUCAUGUUAGAUUUGCAGCUGGUUGGGGCACAUUUCAUUCUGAGAAUGGUUUGGAAGAUGGAGAUACAUGUUUGUUUGAGAUGGUUAACACAAAACUUUGUGUUCUUAAAGUAAGUAUUUUCAGAAAAGUUUCAACCUCUGUCUCUAUGGAUUAGAAUAUUCUAAUGCCAAAACUUUGCUCUACUUCUUUGGACAUUUUCUUGUAAGUUCUACAAGCGAGAGAGUCAGAAGAUUUGAACUUUCUCUCUUGGUUAAGGGUAGAAUAAUGUAUUUGGUGAAAUUUGGAAGGGUAAGUUAAUAUAUGUGUUUUGUGUAUUUUGUGCUCAAUAUGUGGAGCUAAAGGAAUUCAAAACUUGACAUGUAUUUUGAUUUUUAUGAUUAAUAUAUAUUUUUAAUCUGAGGCUUCUUCUUCUUA